UGUUGUAAUACUUAGUUGUUGUUGUUGCUCACCAAAUGUGACAAAUUUUGCAUAAAUAUGAUCGCCAUCAUUUAGUUUAAAUUUCCAGACAAUGCGCAACUAGCAACUUUCAUAAAAAAUAUUUGCAUUUGAGACCUACAAUAUAAACAAAAAAGAUGGGUGUGCAAGGAUUGCUGUCAACCUGCAUAGAAAAUGCGGAACAAAGCACAGAGAGUUAUGAUCUGGUACUGGAAGCUCAAAGUCAAAGGAGGGGUGGUCUGGAACUUAUUGUCGACUUCUACUCCUUUCAACAAGAGAUUGUGUUGAAGUUCUGGAAAGGUCUUAGUCAAUUAAGGAACAACCCUUAUUUGAGAAUUUUGGGAGGGGAGUAUGCAACAUUGGAUGCAUAUAUUUCUAAACUUAUUACAGAUCUCAGGUCUUUGGGAAUCGAACUUGUAUUUUAUAUAGAUGGCGGUAAAGGAAGUUCCACUGAAGGAACGAUGCAGAAAAUGGACACUUGGGUAAGUCGUCACGAACAAGAUCUGCAGCGUGUGUCAGACAUUCUUGAGGUGCUGCGGGGCACACGCAGCAUUGAUGACUUACCCUGUGACAACAACGUUCGUCCGGUUGUUCUCGAGGAUCAGGUUAUGUCAUCUUUAAAAAAGUGUGAGUGUGAAAUACAUCAAUCAGCUGCAGGGGAAGCAGACAUGUUGGUCAUAAGAGCCCUUAAAGAAAGACCAAAGGCAUUUGCAAUUUUGAGCAAUGACUCUGAUUUUUGUGUGUUCAGGGACAGUAGAUUGAUUCCAAAUAAGUUUUUUGACAUGGGUAAUAAUCUGCGUCUUGGUUGCCCCCAAGAAUUACCAGAAAAGCCAUCUCAAUUGCUUGUAAAGGUGAUCACAACUGAAAAGGUUAUGUCCAUGUUGAAGUUUAAUCAACACUACCUGUUGGUUGAGAUGGGUAUUGUGACAGGAAAUGACUUCACAGGACCCUUCAUGAGGGGCGGUCUUCACAGCCAGCUGGAUGUGCGGGGGAGGCGGUGUGUGCAGAACUUCGCAGGUUGGAUAAGGCAUUACAGGAAUGUUGACAAGCACCCGUUUCUGUGUGACCAUAUGCAACGUGACCCGAACUUUCGGCAAGCAGUCUACCACAGUAGGAACUUCUACAAUGAACGAGGGACACCUGAUGCCCCACCAAGAAAAGGCUUCUAUUCUCAAGUAAUUGAGGAGAACAUUCACUCAGGCAAGUUUCCCACCAACCUGAUGAGUAUGCACAACAACUUCUACUGGUAUAGAAUGCUUCUUGAGGACACUAGCCCCGGGGCCCCAAGUGUGGAAUGUGCGUUGACUCAGCUCAGGGCGUACGUGUACCGUAUCGUGCUACCACGGCAUGAACAGAUAGUCAAUGAGUACGGACGGUCACCUUAUGAGAGCUUCAGGAAAGCUGAGAUCAAUGCCUUUGAUGAUGGUAAGGCCCCACCCCUACACAAGAUACAGUCUGACAAGAUAUUCAAUAACCUUCGCACCUUUCAUCAGAUCAUGUCCUAUCAGGAAAGAGGUCCUGAAGCAGUGAACUGGUUUGAGCGUUAUGGAAGAAAGAACGGCUUCAUAGUGUACCUACUGCGGUUUUUCAUUGUGUUAAACUGGGGUCGUAACCUUCACAUAACGGACAAUGAGUUUCUAGCCCUGGUUGCCAUGAUGUUUGGGAGACGGCCAGAAUCCCACUACCAGAGCAUGGCUAUCUGCCCAACUGUUCGAUGCGUGACCAUAGGAAAUUGGAUGCAGGACUUGUACAGGCAUGCCUACCUGAUACUGGGCAGUGUGUUACAUGUGAGACACGAGUUUCCACUUCCAUCAGAGCUCUUCUCGGGAUCUGUAUGGACGGCCAUGUACAUGGUAGCACAAGAUGAUACUUUCAGACUGGCUGCCAGACAGGUGCCUGUGGAACUGUUGUAUCAAACCCAGCAGGAGAUGAACGCUGUUAUAAAGGAGAAGAAGCACAUGAUUCGCCAUAUUGUGGAGCAGUUCUUCCCAUUCGAAGAUUGACACCCGAUAUCAAUUGUGUACAUAAUUAUAUUUAAAAAGUAUUAUGUAAUAUUCAAUGAACAACAUCAAUAUCAAUAUUGUGCCUAACACUUUUGCUCCCUCCAAAUGGCAAGAUUGAAGUUGUUUUACAUUUGCAAAUAAACGUUUGUGUUGUA